AUGUCAACCAGCCUACUCCAGGUAGCUUUCAAGCCUGCCCCCGAUCGACGUCAAUCCAAGGACCACAAUGCCGGCAGUCUCUUGAAUGCGUCAGGGGUCCUCCCGCGAAAGAACAGCGCCUCAUCCAUAACAUCCCAUAAAUCCGAACCAGGCUGGAUGUCUUCCAUGAAUGGAAUCGAUCGUAGUCGGGCGAGCUCAAUUGCGAGCCAAACAUCACAGACCUCUACCAAGUCCAGCAGUGGUGGCUUCAGCAAACUCUUUGGAAAGUCCAAGAGCAGCGACAAGCAGAAGAAGGACAAAAAGAAGGAUCUCGACCAGAUCGUCCUCACAUCGCGACAUGCCGCCGCGGUCCGGACGAAGCUCGCUCUCGACCCUAAACUGAAGAAAGCCACAACUAAAGACCAACAACAACCAAUCAUGACCGGCACUCAAUCAAGCGCACAUCUCACAGCACAAGAGCAGGAAAUCCGACGACCUCAUUCCAGGCCUCCGUCCCUGAAACACGCGCCCAAGAAAGAGAAAGUCGACAUGCCGAUGCUGACACGGAUCAUCAGUGGCGACGAAGCCGAUGAGCCGGACGACUGGGAGCGGCUCCGCGAAGAGUGGCGGACCAGACAACUCCCCAGUGCCGACAUGAUGCAAGUCAUCGAGGGAGAGACCCUCGGCGGCACACCUACUUCUUCGUCCGGCACUGCAACGCCAGAGGAUCGAGAUUUUCUCGUCAAGAGCAGUAAAUCAGACAUUGAGCUUCCACAGACGCGGAUUGUUCAGAGGGAAGGUGUGCGUCUCGUUGCCGCCGCUUAUCCUUCAUCUGAUAAUGAGGGCGUGAUGCCACGGCCCGCGAAGCACCAUACGCCCAUCGGUGGCAGGUGGCAGAAGAAUGAUGCUGGUGUCUGGAAGAGAUGA